GCUACAGUGAAGAGGAACAAAAAGGCGACCUGACAGUGGUGUCUGCACUCCCUCCACUUUCUCCGGGGUAGUUACGGGAUUUCAAUGUUCAACCUGAUCCUUAGCACCCUUAAAGGAUGAACUGCCUUCCUGAAUUGUUGUCCUCACUCAAGGGUUCAGGCUUUCUGUGUUGACUUCAGCCGUACCUAUAUGGCGUGUGUGACCGGAGAAUUCUGCCAGGCACAGCACCUCACCUCUGCGGAGAAGUGAAUCGGCCGACCCCCGAGGGACUACGCUACCCAGAAACCCCCCUGACUGCCAGCACAUUAGGAACUGCUGACUCUUCCAAAAGGCUGCCGCCCCCCCUCCCCUCUGGGAUACUGCGUAGUCCUUGGCCUGCCUUCCCUGCCCUGUCCCAACCAAUACGAAAAAUAUUUGCUUUCAACUUUCUCCUUGAACAGCCAAUCACAAACAGCUCUCCUGAAUGGGCCGUCUCGCCAACAUGAACCGCCCUGCUGCAGUCGAGAUUAAACAUGAGGCCAUGAGGUUCCUUAUCACGCACAAUCCCACCAAUGCUACACUCAACAAGUUUACCGAGGUGAAGCAUUAUCUGUUAUCUAAUGUGUUCACAUCUGCUUUAAGGCCCUCUGACAUGAAGUCAUUAUUCAAUUUCUUCCAGGAACUGAAAAAGUUUGAGGUCAACACUUUGGUGAGAGUUUGUGAUGCCACCUAUGAUAAGGCUCCAGUGGAAAAAGAGGGCAUACAAGUCGUGGACUGGCCAUUUGACGAUGGCGCCCCUCCUCCCACGCAGAUCGUAGACGACUGGCUCAAGCUGCUUAACACAAAGUUUCGAGAGCAACCUGGCUGCUGCGUCGCUGUACACUGUGUGGCAGGGCUGGGCAGAGCUCCAGUCUUGGUGGCCUUAGCUCUCAUUGAGGGAGGAAUGAAGUAUGAAGAUGCCGUGCAGUUCAUAAGGCAGAAGAGACGUGGAGCCUUCAACUCCAAACAGCUUCUUUACCUCGAGAAAUACAGACCCAAAAUGCGUCUGCGGUUCAAAGAGAACGGCCACAACUGCUGCGUGCAGUAGGCUGCCCGUCUGUGCAUCUGCUUGUAAUGCACAUAGUUUGGAAUCUUCCAACAAAGAAGAUUUUUAACAUAAAAAAAUGAGUGCUAUCAGUAAUUGUUGUGAUGAUUUGUAAACACUGAGUCAUGGUUAAUUGAUCUGAGAGAAAUCGAACGAUCAAACAAAAUGAAUUUAGAUCUGGGGAAAUCCACCAGCCGAACCAAUGAAUGGAAGGUCAAAGCACACAGAUGGGGCCCGCCUCCCGGUUCUACAGCUCAACCAAACCACGGGCCAGAAUUUCAUCUGGUUUUUUUUUUUUUUUUUUUUUUUUUUUUUCCUCUCAAGUCCAUCCUGUACUUUCUUUUUCUUUUAAACUCAAGUUGUAAUCAUGGGAUAUUACCUUCCAUCAUGUGAAUCUUUAUUUUCUUUUCCACACAUACAUGCUAAUGAAAUGUUUGAUUCUGUUUUUAUUUCCUUUAAUUGUUAUUAGGCCUUUAAAAAAACAUUUUUAAACUUUGAA